AUGUACGAAGAAGAGGUCGAGAAGCUCAUAAAUGACCGACUUAGAGGCUUAAAGAUUAGCGGAGAUUUCGAACAUGCUCUACGCAGGGAAGUGGACCAAGCAAACUCUAUGCCUUUCAGGGAGUUAGCUUACGUCUUCACCAAGGAAUACAAUUCUUACCGGACGAUUAAGAAGAAUCCUAGCCACCUGUUCAACCUGUACAAGAAGUCCGAUGAAUCCCUUUGA